CCCCCCGCCGCGCUCCGCUCCGCUCGGCCGGGCGGGCGGGCGGCCGCGAGCGGAGCGGAUCGGCGCGAACAUGGCGACGGUGCCCGUCUAUUGCAUCUGCCGGCUGCCCUACGACGUGACCCGCUUCAUGAUCGAGUGCGACGCCUGCAAGGACUGGUUCCACGGCAGCUGCGUCGGUGUGGAAGAAGAGGAGGCACCAGACAUCGACAUCUAUCAUUGUCCAAAUUGUGAGAAAACCCACGGAAAGUCGACCUUGAAGAAGAAAAGAAAUUGGCACAAGCAUGAUACCGGCCAGACAACGGAGGUCAAGCCUGUACAGAAUGGGAGCCAAGUGUUUAUUAAAGAGCUUCGAAGUCGGACCUUUCCCAGUGCCGAAGACAUAGUGGUGAAAGUCCCGGGCAGCCAGCUGACAGCAGAGUAUUUGGAAGAGAAGGGCUUUGCAGAGCCCAUCCUGGUCCCCAAGAAGGAUGGGCUGGGCCUGGCUGUGCCUGCACCCACCUUCUACGUCAGCGACGUCGAGAACUACGUCGGGCCAGAGCGGAGUGUUGAUGUCACUGAUGUCACCAAGCAGAAAGAUUGCAAGAUGAAGCUCAAGGAAUUUGUGGAUUACUACUACAGCACAAACAGGAAAAGGGUCUUAAAUGUCACAAACCUGGAGUUCUCUGACACCAGGAUGUCCAGCUUUGUAGAGCCUCCUGAUAUCGUUAAGAAGCUGUCCUGGGUGGAAAAUUAUUGGCCUGACGAUGCUCUGCUGGCUAAGCCCAAAGUGACCAAGUACUGCUUGAUCUGCGUGAAGGACAGCUACACUGACUUCCACAUAGACUCUGGGGGGGCUUCUGCCUGGUACCACGUGCUGAAGGGAGAAAAGAUCUUUUAUCUCAUCAAACCAGCCUCUGCAAAUAUUUCUCUGUAUGAACGCUGGCAGUCAGCAGCAAAUCACAGUGAGAUGUUUUUUGCAGACCAAGUAGAUAAGUGUUACAAAUGCACCGUUAAACAAGGCCAGACACUCUUCAUCCCAUCAGGUUGGAUUUAUGCAACUCUAACACCAGUAGACUGCCUGGCCUUUGCAGGACAUUUUCUACACAGUCUAAGCAUGGAAAUGCAGAUGAGGGCGUAUGAAGUAGAAAGGCGUUUGAAAAUCGUCAGCCUGACUCAGUUCCCCAACUUUGAAACGGCCUGUUGGUACAUGGGGAAGCAUCUACUAGAGAAAUUCAAAGGUUUGCAUAAAGCUGGCCAGCAACCUCCUGCUCAUCUCCUUCAAGGAGCAAAGAUUCUCAAUGGUGCUUUCAGAUCGUGGACUAAAAAACAGGCUUUAGCAGAGCAUGAAGAUGAACUGCCAGAAAACUUCAAACCAGCACAACUUAUCAAGGACCUUGCCAAAGAAAUAAGAUUAAGUGAGAACGCUUCAAAAGCCAGCAAAGCAGACCUGAGUGCCACCCCCACGGCCGAGGAGAUCUGUCCUGUGGAGAAGGAGGAGGCUCCAUCGCCUGCCCAAGCCACCCCUCUGCCCCCACCUGUAGAAAAGCUCCCUAAAAAAAAGACUCCCAAAACUGUGAAAACCCCCAAACAACUCAAGCCAUCCAAACCCCCGAAGCCUCCCAAGCCCCCCAAACCUCCCAAAGCACCGAAAGUGAAGGGAGAAGGCAAAAAGAAAGGAAAGAAGGCAAAGGAGAGCCCUCCACCAGCCAUCCCCAACCUGGACCUGCUGGAGGCACACACCAAGGAGGCUCUGACCAAGAUCGAGACGCCAAAGAAGGGGAAGGCUGCAAAGAAUGUUUUAAGUGUUCCCAAUAAGGAAUCUGCGAGCAAGCAGAAUGAGGUGGAGAAAUUUGAAGUUCGAGAACAAAAUAAAAGCAAAACAGAAGCCAAAUGGAAGUACAAGAACAGUAAACCUGAUUCACUUCUAAAAAUGGAAGAGGAACACAAAUCAGAAAAGACGCCUUUACCAGGAAAUAAAGACAACAAAUUCACAUUCUCUUUCUCUAAUAAGAAGUUGCUUGGUUCCAAGGGAGUCAAAACUCAUCUGAAUACCAGUGUGUUUGGGUCACUACAGAACUUUAAAGAGGACAAAUCCAAACCUGUACGGGAUGAAUACGAAUAUGUGUCAGAUGAUGGUGAACUAAAAAUUGAUGAGUUUCCAAUCAGAAGAAAGAAAAACACUGCAAAAAGAGAACUGCCCUUUUUAUCAGAUAAAAAGGAAGCCCUGCAGCACACUCCUGUUAAGAAGCCGAAGGUGGAGUCAGCACCAUACAAGAGCGAGGACUCAUCAGAUGAAGAUUUGCUUCACAUUGACACAGAGGCAAAGCCAGGACGCAAUUCCAAAGUAAAGAAAGAGAGUGGAAGUUCAGCAGGAAUUCUUGAUCUUUUGCAGGCAAGCAAAGAAGUUGGGGGUUUAGAGUAUAACACCAACAGCCAGCCGCCCGCCUCCCCCAGCACGCAGGAAGCCAUCCAGGGCAUGCUCUCCAUGGCAAACCUCCAGGCCUCAGAGUCCUGCCUGCAGACCUCGUGGGGCACCAACCAGGCGAAGAACAACUCCUUCUCCACACAAAACUCAAAAAAACCUGGUGGCGGUGGCAACAGAAACGCCGGGAAGCGGCUGCUGAAGAAAAGCACAAAGAACAGCGUCGACGUUGAGGACUACGAUGAGGACCAGGACCACCUGGAUGCCUGUUUUAAGGACUCAGAUUAUGUUUACCCUUCUCUCGAAUCAGAUGAAGAUAAUCCAGUAUUCAAAUCCCGAUCAAAGAAAAGGAAAAGUUCAGAUGAUGCCCCUUACAGUCCGACAGCGCGCGUCGGCCCCUCGGUGCCCCGGCAGGACAGGCCGGUGCGAGAAGGCACGAGAGUCGCCUCCAUCGAGACCGGACUCGCCGCCGCCGCCGCCAAGCUGUCGCAGCAGGAGGAACAAAAAGGCAAGAAGAAAAAAAAUACCAAAAAGAAGCUUUCAGCCCCCAACGCAAGCCAAGCGGCUGAGGAAGGCAGCUCCCCCGAGCCGAAGCUGGAGGCACAGGCCAGCAGCCUCACAGACCACGAGUACACCGCAGGAGCCAGCACCUUUGGGGUCGCCCAGCCCAACAGGGGAUCGCAGCCGAUGGCGCCGGGCGUUUUCCUCACACAGAGGAGACCCUCGUCAUCCUCGCAGAACAAUGCCUCCGCCAAAGGGAAGCGUACGAAGAAGGGGAUGGCCACGGCCAAGCAGCGGCUCGGCAAGAUCCUGAAGAUCCACCGGAACGGGAAGCUGCUGCUCUAGUGGCCCCGGGCACACUGCCACCCCGCUGUGGGCCACCACCACAAUAAUCCUUUAACUUUCAGCGGUCGGACUGUACAGAAUCCUGGUAUAAAUAUUUUUUAAUAUAGAUGUCCUUUCUCAGAAUGCUGAGAGCGACUAGCCGCAAAAAGUUAAUACUAAUCUCGGCCACCGAGGAGCGCAUCGGGCGCCCCCGCUCCAGCCCUGGGCCCCUUUCCCUGCCGGGUGGGCACCGCCACUGUGGUGGCACUGCUGCCGUGGUGGCACUGUCGCCGUGGUGGCACUGUCGCUGUGGUGGCAGCGCCGCUGUGGCAGCAUUGCCGCUAUGGUGGCACUGCUGCUGUGAUGGCACUGCUGCUGUGAUGGCAGCGCCGCUGUGAUGGC